AUGGAUGCUAGCAGCUAUUCUAACCCACCAGGCAGGCUUCCCGUCUUCUCCGAGUCUGCCCACUUGCCUCUGUCCAGGCCCUUCUAUCUGGACCCCAUGGUCACCGUGCACCUGUACCCCGAGGGCCCCGUGCCAUCUCCUUACGCCGAGGAGCUGCCGUCGCUGCCUUUUUCCAGCGACGCGCUGAUCAUGGAAGGUUACGGGGAGCCCUACCCCUUCCCUUUCCCCACGCCAUAUCCAAACUACAGACGGUGUGAAUACUCCUACGGGCCGGCCUUCAUCCGCAAGAGGAAUGAGCGUGAGCGGCAGCGGGUGAAGUGUGUCAACGAAGGCUACGCCCGGCUCCGGCAUCACCUGCCCGAGGAGUACCUGGAGAAACGGCUCAGCAAAGUGGAAACCCUCAGGGCUGCCAUCAAGUACAUCAGCUACCUGCAGUCUCUCUUGUAUGCCGAUGACCCCGGGACUAAGAUGAACCCCGGGGCCAUCACCAGCCACCCCGCUGACCCUGUUCUGAGUUUCGUUUGAGCUAGCACUUUCCAAAUCGAAACGCAACUCACACAAUGGGGUCUCCCCUAGCAUCAUCCAGUAGACUUGAUGGUUUCUGGGAGGCCAAUGUCCACUGCCACAUUAUGCUAGAGUGGUUAC